AUGAGCAGUGCUGAAUCUUCAUCUAUUGCCACAACACCAUCAACAACAGCAGAGGAGGAACAAGUUGUUGUGCAAGGACCACCAGCUAAGAUUCACAUCAAGCUUCACAUUCUUCAAGUUAUUAAACAAAAACAAAACGAAAAUGGUUUAAAGCAUUUGGAUUAUGGUUACUAUAGAAGAUAUUGUACAAAGAGAUUGCGUAAACUUAGAUCUUUGUUGAAUGCUAAGCAUAAGAAGGAAUAUAAAUUUGCUCAAGCACCAAAGAAAAAGAAGGGAGUUGCUUCUACUACAGCCACUACUGUUGAAUCAACAACAACAAUUUCGGAAACAACAUCAACUGAUUCUAUUCAAGGCAUCAAAAAUUCUACUCUCUUUAACCAACAAAAUUUCACUGAUAAGAUUGUUAAUCAUUACAGAGAAAAGAAACAAGUUGAAACUAAACAAUUCAGAGAACAAGCCAAGAGAAUGUUGAUUCGUGAAAAUGUUGAAAAACAAAUUCAAGAAGAGAAGGAAAAAUUAUUGGCUUCCUUUGUUAAAAAGAAAAAGAAGGAAUCAACAAAACCAACUUCCAAGAAGGAUGCAAAGAAUAUUCAAUAUGAUGCUGAGUUUUUAUCUGAAUUAUAUGCUCGUCUUAAUACUAAUCCAGAAAUUACUGAAGAAGCUAUUGAAGAACGUAUUAAAAAGUUGUCAAACCAAUCAGGAAAUACUACUGAACAACAAAAUGAUGCAUUUGAACAUGUUCAAGGAGAUGAAAGAUUCCUUCACUUGAUUCUCGUUCAAGCUGAAAGAGCUUGGAGUCACUCCAAACAUUUGAAGAAUGAAACAAAGCAAGAUCCUGAUAAUUCUCGUAUCAAAUUCCAUCAAUUGAACAGAUUGAAGAAGGCUGUCAAAUGGUCUAAAUUAUUGCUUGAUUACUGUAACAUUUAUUCUGAUGACCAAAGAACAAUUUUGGAAGCUGAAGCUUACAAUGCCUAUUUAUUGGGUACUCUUUAUUUGGAAAAGGAAUCUUGGGCUGAAUCUCUUAAAUUAUUCAAACAAUCACAAACUGUUUAUGAUCAAUUGUACAAAGUUUUGACCUCUAUUCCACAACAAAUUAGAGACGAAUAUAAGAAACAAGUUGCUGAGAUUAACAAUUAUUGCAGAUUGUGCGAAUAUAACUUGAAGAAGGUUGAGGGUGGUGACAUUUUGUUGCAACAAUUGGAAAGCUCAUCACAAAUCGAUUUGCUUCAACUCAAGUUAAGCCAAGUUAAGGAUGCUGAAAAUAAGAAUUUACCACAACAAACUAUUGAAUGGGAAGGUGUUAUGACUAUUACAAUUCCUAAUGAAAAGAUUAGAAUUAACUUGUACAAUGGACGUGCUUUAGAAGAAGCUGAAUAUAAGACAUCUGAAAGCAAGUUGAGAGCUUUCGAUAAAUUGUUUGGUAUUUACAAUGAUACCAUGAGAAUGAUUAGAGAAGAAAUGAAACUUGUCACUGUACCAAAUACUCAAAAGAAGAAUACUCCACAAUCCAAUUUGUCCAACUUACCUCAAGCUGAACAAUUGAACCAAUUGAGAUUCCUCCACAGCUAUGUCAGUUAUGUUUUAGGCACAAAGACUAUUGAAAGAAAUGUACUCAUGCUUCAAUCUUUACUUGAUAAAUUGGAUACCAUUCAACAACAAGUUCAAAAGGUUGAAAAGAAGCAAAAGGCAUCACCAAUGGAUACUAUCAGAUUAUUUGAUGGUUUAUUACAAAAUGUUAAUGACUUGACAGAAAUGUUGCAAAGUAUUAACAUUAAUCAAGAAAGUUCUGCAAAAUUACAAAAGGAUUUGAACGAAAAGAAGACAUGUUUCACUGCUUACAGAUGUUAUUAUAUGGCUUGCUCCUAUGCUACUCUUCAAAAAUGGACAGAAUGUCAUCUUUUAUUAGAAAAGAGCGAAAAUUUAUUGAAAGAAGUUAAGAAUACCUUUGGUCUUCCAGAUCCAAAGGGAAUUUUGGAUGAAAUUAGAAAGGCAAAGAUUAUUUCAAAGGCUCAACAAGUUUUGUCAAAGAAAUCAGGUACAUCAUCUAUACUGUCAGCUUAUGAUAGUGAUGAUGAAAAUAAUGCAAGUAAGACUAAUACAGAAUUACUCAAGACUAUUACAGAAAAGCCAAUUACAGAAAGACUCGACAAGUUUAUCAAACCAAACAAGGUUGUUCUUGAUAAUUUGAAUUCUUACAAUCUCGUUCAAUUACCACCAAAGUACAAACUUAUUCCAGGUAAACCAGUUUUCUUCGAUAUUGCCAGUGGUUUGGUAUCUGAAUACCAAACAGAAUAUAUUGAUGAACAAAUUGAAGAAUUAUCAAAGACUGAAAAACCAAAGGAACAACCAGCAACAACAGAAGAACCAAAGAAGAAGGGUUGGUUUGGUUUGUGGUAAAUAAUUUAUUAAAGAAAUUUCAAUUAUUCUA